AUCUCUACGAAAUAUACAACGACAAUAUAGUAGCAAUAUUUAAGCGUGUGAUAGAAUUGGUUCUGUUGUUUGCGACUCUGGCAAUUAGUCGGAGCAGAGAGUGAGCCAAUCAAAUACUUUUUCACUUGCCACACAAAUGGCAUCCAAGGGUAAUCAUAAUUUCCAACAGAACCGGGCAAUGCAACAGCCGCAACGCUCAAAUUUACGUGCCGCAAUCGCACCGUACCGAAAGCCAUUCCGGCCCCGGGUACAGGCGCAGGCAGCGAAUCAAAUGAUGUAUUCAUCCAGCCAGAUGCCCAGCGAUCCGCUCUACAUAGACUUCAAUAACCCGACGCCAGCACCACCGACCAAAUCCGCGACGGCAACCGGCAACUCUGGCUCUGCAUCGGGCCAGGCAGAUGGGGGCAAAAAGAAGCCGCUUAAAGGUAAGCAGGUCAAAGGCAACAAAAACCACCAGCAACAUCAGCACCAGCAGCAGCAUCCGCACAACAUGCAGUAUCCGCCACAGAUGCAGAUGCAAAUGCAUGGCAACAAUGGCUGGAUACCGCGGUUCCAUCCGCCUAAUAGCAAACGCUUUGAUGAACCGAUGCCGCUGCCGAACCGGGGCCGAAUGGGAGGUGGAGGUGGAGGGGGACCAUCGAUGCGCGGUAACGGUCGUCACAUGAUGGGUCCCAUGGGUCCAGGACCCUGCCCGAUGGGUCCACGUGGGGUCCUGGGUCCAAAUGGUGGCGGCCCAAUGCCGCCAUAUCCACCAAUGCGUUUCCCAGCACCAAUGCCGCCCAUGCGCUGCCCAAUGCCACCAAUGGGUGGCCCACCGCCUCCGCCAUUUAUGCGUCGCAACGGACGUGGCGGUCUCAAUCAUCCGCCACUGCCGCCGCCGCCGCUGAUGGGACCACACAGAAUGGGACCACGUAUGCCACCACGGAGCAUGCCACCCGGCUGUCCCGGCCCCGGACCCUACAGCAUGGGCCACAUGAACGGCAAUAUGAACGGCGGCAAAAUCAAGAAGCCAAAUCCCAAGCUGAUCAAACAGGCGGUCAAAGGCAAGAGCACGAUCAAAACGCUUAAGAAUUUGGUGAAUCAGUAUCCCAUUGACAAGCCCUGGGUCAAUGAUGAAAUACGCGCCGUUCACGACGCCAAGCUCGACAUUGAGAAUCGCCUAAAAGGCAACAAGGAUGACGACCUCUUUGCCCAGUACAGAGUGCAGCGGGACAAAUUCGUUUCCAUGUAUGAGGCGGCGCGCGAGACGUAUCUAAAACAGGAGGCCGCCACGGUGAUGGCCAAGGAUGCCAAAGACAAAGACAAUGAGAAAAAUGCAAAUUCAAAUCCGAACGCUGCCGCUAAGGUCGGAAACACAAAUGAUGCAACUAUUCCACAAGUCCAAGCAAAAACCAAAAUCAAACCGAAUUAAGUGCAAAUAAAAUGCAGACAGAGCAACAGCCACAGCCGGCGAUUUAACAAACAAACAAAAAAAAAAAAACAAGAAAAAAAAA